AUGAAUGGACUUCAGUUUCCGCCUCGACUUUUCGUCUUCACCAACACUCCAUUUUUCCGGCUCAACGUCCCGACAAAAUUCCCCUUCGUCUGCCUCCAACCCCCCCUCAAAAGCACCGGAUCAUGCGUCCGAGUCCCGUGA